GUCUUACGAAGGGGUAGUGGAUGCUGAAGCCUAGGUCUUCGGGAGGACGUCCUCACUACCACUGUCUGGUUUUUUUCAUGUUCUGAGGAGGGGAUGAGAAGGAGCCAUGGAUCCUGCAGCAUUAGUGGAAGCCGUUGUGGAAGAAGUGGCCUGUCCCAUCUGCAUGACCUUCCUCAAGGAGCCUAUGAGCAUCGACUGUGGCCACAGCUUCUGCCACAGUUGUCUCUCUGAACUCUGGAAGGGGCUGGAGGAUUCUGAGAACUGGAGUUACACAUGUCCACUCUGCCGGGCCCCUGUCCAGCCAAGGAACCGGAGGCCUAAUUGGCAGCUGGCCAAUGUGGUGGAGAAAGUCCGGCUACUGGGACUGCAUCCAGAAAUGGGGCUGAAGGGCGACAUGUGUGAGCUCCAUGGACAACAGUUAAAGGUGUUCUGCAGAGAGGAUGGCCUGAUCAUGUGCCAGGCCUGCAGCCAUUCCCCCGAACAUGCCACCCACAGUGUCAUGCCCAUGGAAGAUGUUGCCUGGGAGUAUAAGUGGAAACUCCAUGAGGUUCUGGAACAUCUGAAGAAAGAGCAAGAAGAGGCGUGGAAUCUGGAAGUCAGUGAGAGGAAACGAACUGCCGACUGGAAGAUGCAGGUGGAAGCCCGGAAGAAGAGUAUCACAUGGGAGUUUGAGAAGUAUCAGAGAUUACUAGAGAAAAAACAGCCCUCAGGUCGGCAGCUAGAGGCAGAGGCAGCUGCAGCUUUGGCCAACCUGGAGCAGGAGGAAGAGGAGACCACACAGAAGCUGCAAUUAAAUCAUGAGACCCUGACCCAGCAGAGCCGGGUGCUGUGGAGGAUGAUUGAGGAGCUGAAAGAGCGGUCCCAGAGGCCUGUCCGCUGGAUGCUGAAGGAUAUUCAUGAAGUCUUAAACAGGAGCAAGUCGUGGAGCCUACAGCGGCCAGAACAAGUCUCCUUGGAGCUGAAGACAAAUUGCCUUGUAUUGGGACUAAAAGAGAUUCUGAGGUCAUAUGCAGUGGAUGUGCGCUUGGACCCAGACACUGCUUAUUCCCGCCUCGUUGUGUCGGAGGACAGAAAACGCGUGCACUAUGGAGAUGCCAAGCAGAAACUUCCAGACAACUCUGAGAGGUUCUACCUCUACAAUAUCGUCCUGGGCAGCCAGUGCAUCUCCUCAGGCCGGCACUACUGGGAGGUAGAAGUGGGAGACAGGUCUGAAUGGGGCCUAGGAGUGUGUGAGGAGAAUGUGGAUCGGAAGGAGGUGGUCUAUUUAUCCCCAAACUAUGGAUUCUGGGUGAUAAGGCUGAGGAAGGGAAAUGAGUACCGGGCAGGCACUGAGGAAUACCCCCUACUGUCCCUGUCAGUCCCUCCCCGCCGGGUGGGAGUCUUCCUGGAUUAUGAGGCCCAUGAUGUCUCCUUCUACAAUGUGACGGACAAUGGCUCCCACAUUUUCACUUUCCCCCACUACCCUUUCCCUGGGCGCCUCCUGCCCUAUUUUAGCCCUUGCUAUAGCAUUGGCACAAACAACACCGCUCCUCUGACCAUCUGCAUCUUGGAUGGGGAGGGCUAGGGGAGCCACUCUCUGGCAGGAGAUCUUGGAAUGUCUCCUGGCCCAUAGGGGACUUGGACCUGCCACAGACAAGUUUCCCCUUGAACUGAGCUGAACUAGAACCCAGGGAUAGCUCUGCCUGACCCAGUGUUCUGUUGCUACGAGGACAAAUUCACCAAACCUCAGGCUCAGUCAAAUAAGCGCCACUUCUCAGCAAGGAAAGCCUGACAGAUGGUGGUGGGGAUCAGAGCAGUGCUCAGGAUCCGGACGCUGGCUUUUCUGUAGCUCAUGCCCCCCUCCCCCCUGCCUUGCUGGUGUCAUAAUUACGUCAAUAAUGAUGAGAACUGGGUCCAGCCUCCAGGGAACCCUUUGGAUGCAGUUAACCAACAAGCCAAACAGUCCAGAGCUGGUGGCUGUGCUGGUACCAGUUGGUACCAAGACACCUAAGGUCUGCUACUAAGAACAAACUACUUUGACUCCAGCUUCCUGACCUCUUAACUAGAGAAAUGCAUUGCAGCAAAGGUUAUGGGGCUUGCCCAGGCCACCCCAGUGGCCAUCCCUCACUAGCCACGAGCUGGGCAAGUCACUCAGAUCACUUGUUUUCAAGCUCUAAGGAGACUUGGGUCCCAGUCCUGCCUUUUUUUUUACAUGACAGAAUCAGAAAAGCUCUGAACCUUGUCUUUAUCUUCACUUUAUGGAUGAAGAAACUGAAAUGGCCUUAAUGCAGAACUUACUCCUUACAAAGCUAUUGAAAGACAAUUACAAAGAUUAUAAAGUAUUUCUCACACUGAAA